UUUGCACUUUGUAGACGGUCCCUGCGCACGCGCUUUAUAGCAGCCACGCGCGUUGCACUCAGCUUCAUUCGCCCUCGCGCGGAAGACGCCUCACUUUGAGUCAAACUCGGCGGUGGCUCAUUGUCCGCCCUGCUGCGGUUAGAAAGAGGCGUCGUUCGUGUUUUAACAACGUUCGGUUCAUGAUUAUUGAUCCGAAGUCUGAAACGUCGCGUUACAGAUUUAAGUAUUUUCGUCGCACGCAGAGCCAAAAACAGCGAAAAUGAACAUUGAAACAAUCAUGCAGCGGGUAAUUUCUUUUUACGGCUUGUCAUCAAAUCCAGUCAAGAUUCCCAGCAAUGAGACAACCGAGCAGAGGAGCAACAUCCCACAACUGACCGACAACCAAGGCGAAAAGUGUUACGACCCUCAAGACAAAACACUUAAAUUCGUCGAUGAAGAUGAUUGUUUAGACUUUUAUUUAGAGGGCUUCCGCUCUAAGAAGGCAAAGAUGUCCUGCGGUCACCCCGUCACUCCGAUGUCUCUCACCGCCUGGUGCCGCAAGCAGCUGAAAGAGGGUCGCUGCCGAUUUGAGUGUGGCCAAACCGGCUGUAACGCUUUGUGGCCUUAUUGGGAAGUUCGCAAAAUGGCUCUUCUCACCCCGGAUGAAAGGGAGUACUUUGAAAAGACAAUGUUCACUAACGCUGCCAAGGAUUACUUGAAUGUGAAAGAGUGUCCUGGCUGCAAGUCUCGUGUGGUGCGAGCUGACCUCGAUGACCUGAGCGUCAGGUGCACAGUGUGCACAGCUCGACGGGGAAGCGCUUAUCUAUUCUGCUGGCAGUGUGUGAGGCAGUGGAAAGGUCGCGUUCCACGUUCAGACCGCUGUGAGAACGACGACUGCACCAAUGUGGUCCUACAAAGACUGAAAAACUGUUCGUAUGUCAAGUUUAACGAUGUGAAGGAAGUCCCCAACUGUCCCUGCGCCCGUGUCUGUCCCACCUGUGGUUUGCUUGUUGAGCACAACGGAACUCUUUGUAAAAACAUCACGUGUCCACGGUGUAAGAAGGAGUUCUGCUUUGUGUGCCUGCAGAUCACUACUGAUUGCAAGAGGCAAACGCCAUAUUCAUAUUACGGACCUUGCGUCCGUGGCGUGGCACAGAGGCAGACCUCCAUACCUCCGUAUCGCAAGUGAAGAUUUCAGGUUUAUGUUGAAAGAUCAGUUUUUAUUUUGGUAAUUUCUGGUCAUCAGUAUUUCUUUUUCUUAUUUUGUUCUUGGUUUCGGCUCCUGCAUUCUGUUGGCUGUCGGUUUAGUUUGUUUUUUCUUGUUUUUUUCUUCAGCAAUUUAAAUAUUUACAGAGACAAUGUAUACUACUUAUCAGCAUGUUGAAACUUGAUCUGUUUCUGUAAGAAUCAUUUAGCUGCGUUUUGCUUUAGCUUCUUAAACAUUAUCUCAUUUAUAUUGUAGGAAAUUAUUUUGAUCUCUAUAAAACCUUUACUAAAGUUCACGUGUCAUUGUUUUAUUGGUAUUUUUUUCUGAUCAUUUGUUUGUUGUCGUCAAUAUUGUUAAUUUUCCUGUGAAACAAAGAUCAAUAAAAGUGCUGCUCUGGGCAGUCA